GAUCACUCAUCUUUUCUUCAAAUCGCGCUCAUCGGACUCGUAUAUCUCAGCUGAAAAAAAAUUUGGGAGUCUUCCUAGGAAUAUGUUUACGCUAACAAAGCCGUUCAGAAUGUUCCCUGUCCAAGCUUAUGUGAAACAAGUACAAGAUCGCGUCUCAUACGACGCGCAGAAGGUAGUCCAUUUGAGUCAAGAAAUUACAGGGUGUAUGGUAGCGAUGGAGCUACUGCUCGGCCCACAACCGUUGGUCCGACCAGUGUUCACCGCUCAUACCACUCCUACCACGAACUCCACAGAAAACAUGGAGAUUGAAGAGUGUACUGACGCCAGGGAACGAACACAAAGUGUGGAAAGCGCUGAAGCCACCGAAUAUGAGAGGAAGGACUAUGUGGAGAUCAAAUACUCGAGACCACUGGAUUCAUCGAAAAGUCCUGCGUCUGGCGAUGAAUCUCGGAUACCAGGCGGGAAUUACAGGGCUGAACUGAAGCGGCCCGACUUAAAAGGAAGUUUUCGAUGUUCAAUCUGUGCGAAAGUGUUCUGUCAUUCGUCAUCACUGUCACGACAUCGAAUGCAAGCGCAUUUCAAGAGCUAUAAAUGUACGUUGUGCCGGAAAGACAUUACAAGUAAUGAAACUUUGCGAGCACAUAUGUACAAACAGCAUCAAAUUUCGCGCAUGUUUAUGUGCCGAUGCUGCAACUGGGCAUUUCCAGACAAGACCAGCCUGCACAUGCACAUUCAGGCUAGAGAAGAAGGAAAGUCGAUUACGGUACCAGUGAUUGGUAAGGGACUUGCUCCAGAUGGCAUAGAUUCACCGUAUUCCACUUUGCAUUCGAUUAACAACAAUACCCUACCCCAAAUGCAAAACCCUGGAGUGCUGAAUGCCAGUUCCGGUUUGCCAUUCUUUUCGCCUACCCCAGCACCCCAGCCAUCGUUGCCAUCAUCAGCUGAGGAUAUGAACAGACUACGCGACCGACUGGUGCUGAAUUCGUUGAUGACCCAGCCUGGAUUUGGCUUGGCUGCUGCUUGGCUGAAUAAUCUGCCCAAACCCAUACCCACGACAAAACCUAUGGUUGAUUUGGUAAAAGAAGGACAAGAAGAUGAAUGUGAGGUGAACGUUGACAACAACGACACGCACAACGAACCGCACAACGACGAUGAGAAGCUGAACGUGUCCAGUAGCGACUCGGAUGAAAGCAAACCGUUGGUCAUAAAGCGAACUGAAAGUCCUUGCGAGAAUGGCUCAGCCACCAGCUCGGAUGGAACUUCAAGCUCCGCUCAUUCACCUGUAAACCUUUUCAAAAAGAGCAGCGACACCCCAAGUGCAUUUCAUCACCUUAACGUUGACUCACGUUUUGUCGUCUCACCAUCGCACGUUUCACCAUCAGAAACGCGAUCAUCAGCAAGUCCAAAUGGUUGUUACGAUUGUGCUGUGUAUAAAACGAAGCUUACUAUGGCAGACAAUAAGUGUCGAUAUUUAGAAAGUCGUGGAAAUACAUUGCAGACUGAAGCUGUUCGCGCUCAAGCGCAAAUCUCGUCCGCUGAAGCGGCUCUACGUGCACUAGAAGCAGAGACUCGUGCUUUGAGAGAACAGACGGAAAUGCUGCAUCGACGACUUCUUGAUUGUCAGGAACAAGCCGUUCGAUUUAUGCAAUGCGAUCGAGUGUCAAAUCCGCAAGCUGUGGCACUUUUCAUGAACCAUCUCAUUCAGUCUACGAUCAUACGCUGAAGAGUGGAAUUUUCGAAUCUUUCGUUGCAAUAAUGUUAUUUCUUAGUUUUAAGUAAUAAUCGUAAUAAUAGUAAUAAUCACGCACAAAUGCGGACACAUGCCUUUCAUACUGUCUUUCACAUUAUUCUGCCAAAUAUUUUGGGAAGUAGGGUGAUCUGAUUUUAUCCAGAUCUUAUGUGUGAUACACCUACAUACCAAAGGUUUUUUAUGUCAUCGAUAACGUCUUUCUGUUCAUCUUACUUCUAUUCUUUACUCUACACCUUGAUGCGAGUUGUAUAUAUUCCUGCCUUUCAUUUUCAUUCGAACUAACGUGCAAUGACCCAAUGUCUUUCAAUGUGUGGCCCCAGAGGCCAACCGAGUGUUGUUCUUUCAGUUCUUCCCCUAUAUACUCACUUUAUAGUGCACAAAUCCCCGUAAGUCCUUGUGCCUUGCAACUGGACCUAAAAUUUCCAGACAACCAACGUUUUUAAGUUAACCAAUCGAGCCUCAAUGCACAAUACUUGUGAUUCUCGCGGUAUUCUUUUUCGCUUCUUUGUUUCCAGUUUUUCCAAUUCCUUCAUACACGUGGCCAAAAUGCGUGUAGAUCACUUUCUAAUCGAUCAAUAAGUGCAAUAUACCAAUGUGUCUUUUCACUUUAUCUACCACUGUCUGUGUUACAUUCUACUUGUUGCCGUCUAUCUGAGCCAGAUGUGCGUGUGAUAUGUGUCCCUGUAUGCCUGCCUUUCUAUUUAUUUCGUAAUAAAUACUGUACUGGUU